AUGUAUCCCGCUUCUCACAUACCGCAACCUCCUCACACAACAGGCUUUGCAUACAAAGGACUACGACCUCGUAUUGAACCAUCCCAGGUUCCCUCUCCCGUUGAAGCCAUCGAAAGGGAUCAAGAAAGAUGGCAGAAUCAGCCUUAUAUGACAUUGCCCGGACAGCAACCCCCAUUGUCGACGACGGACUUCCGUGCACUUGAUCAAGGCAAUUCAUCGCCAAAAUUUGUACGAGCGUCGACUUGGGCGUUCCCUUAUACAUCGCGUCUAGCGUCGGAUUGUAGCAUUCCAUUGGCGGCCGUGUUCCAGCCAUUUGCCGAGCUCGAUGCCCAGGAGGAGCCUAUACCGCUAGUGGAGACCAACCCCGCUCGCUGUGAAAGAUGUAGAGCAUACAUUAAUCCGUGGUGUUCGUGGAUGUCAGGUGGAGGAAGGUGGAAGUGCAAUCUUUGCGGUCAUGAAACAGAAGUAUCCGCCGAGUAUUUCUGCAAUCUCGACGCAAACGGGAAUAGAAUGGAUCGACUACAACGCCCAGAGUUACUGAAGGGUACGGUGGAUUUUGCCGUCCCAGAUGAAUACUGGGCUUCACAUCCUCCCGUGGGACUGACACGCCCAUACUUUUCAACGGAACCUCCGCCGAUUGGGAUACGACAGCCUCAGCCUUUAAACUAUGUAUUCGCUUUCGACGUUUCGAAUGAAGCCGUCCAGUCCGGUUUCCUGCAAACGGCUUGUAACGCUCUAGUAACAAUUCUUUACGGAGGUGUUGACGAGGAGGGAAUGCCGCUGGAUUCAUGCUUUCCUCCAGAAAGCCAAAUUGCCAUUUUCACCUUUGACCGAGGGAUACACUUUUACGACCUAACGUCUGAUCAAGUACCCAUGUUUAUUGUGCCUGACAUUGAUGAAGUCUUUAUUCCUUUUCAUCAUGGUCUCUUCGUAUCACCAGCUGAACGAAAAGAUAUUAUUACAAACUUUCUGGAAGCCCUUCCGGGGCGAUUCGUUGACAGCUAUGUCCAGCAAGCCGCUUUGGGGUCCGCCAUUCGUGUCUGUCAGGCUGCUCUAGUAGGACGAGGAGGCCAAGUCGUGAUUUUUCAAAGUGUGUUACCUUCUAUAGGUGCCGGCGCCUUACAGGGUCAACCAAACGAGUCCGAUAUGUACGACACAGCACAGGAAAAGAAACUUUACAAACCUCGCGAUCCCACAUGGACACAGAUGGGAGAGGAGUGCGCUGAGGAUGGUAUUGGGGUGAACAUGUUUCUAGGAAUGAGCAAAUUUAUAGACAUUGGAUCAAUUGGCGUGGUAUCAUCUCUAUCGGGCGGCGACAUAUAUUUUUACCCUCGCUUCGAUCCAGGACGCGACGGGAUUACAUUACGUUCACAGCUACAACGACUCAUGCGACGGAUGAUUGGCUAUAACUGCAUGGUCCGGGUGCGGUGUUCAAAAGGUGUCCGGGUAUCUGAAUACUACGGCAACUUCCACCGUCAAUCCCCCACAGAUCUUGAGUUUGGUGUGCUCGAUGCCGACAAAGCAUUCUCGGUUGUUUUAGAACACACGGGAUCCCUCAGUACUCGGGAAUACGUGUAUCUUCAGUGCGCCGUAUUGUACACGACGGUGGACGGUGACCGCCGUGUUCGGGUGCUCAAUCUAGCACUACAGGUGGUAGAAUUGGCGGGGAAUGUUUUCAUGUACGCGGACAAUGACACUCUGGUAUGCCAUCAAAUGCGACAUGCUAUAAUGCACACUAAGGCGUCGAACAUGGCGCAUGUACGAGAAGACCUCACAGAGAACUGCUCGUCAUUGUUGGUUGGAUAUAGGAAUAAAUGCGCAUCUGCAACAGCGACAUCGCAGUUAGUACUACCUGAAGCAUUCAGAUCAUUGCCUAUGUACACUUUAGGGAUACUCAAGGCCAAGCCUAUCAAAGCUGGAACUGUAUCUUCGGAUGUGCGGAAUUAUUACGCACAUCGAUUGAUGUCUGCGAGUGUUCAACACCUCAUCCAGCAUGUCUACCCGCCGCUGAUUGCGCUGCAUGACCUCGAUAAUGAAGUAGCUUUGCCUGACCCUGUAACGGGGGAGAUAACAAUACCAACUAUCACUAGAGACACCCACAUGUGCAUGGAGCCAAAUGGGUUGUAUCUGAUAGACAAUAUGGAGGUCAUGAUAUUUUGGAUAGGCACCAGCAUUUCUCCGCAGAUACUUUUAGAUCUUUUCGCAGUUGAUGAUCUGUUGAACCUGGAUAUUCACAUACCGAGGCUGCCUGUAUUACAGACGCGAUUGUCAUCGCAAGUGCGCAACAUCAUCACGCAUAACCGUUUGAAGCGGGGAUACAUGCCGAAGAUGUUAAUUGCGAGACAGAACAUGGAUGCGGCAGAAAUCGAGUUCAGCGAUAUGCUAAUAGAGGACCAAAACAACGGGACGAUGUCCUACGUCGAUUUCCUUACCGUGGUGCAUAAACAGAUAAGUCAUGUACUGACUGGAAGCUUCGAACCCACGGCUAUGCGAUCCCCCUGGUAGCGCUUGCUACUGUCAUAUUGCCUGCAACGUUGGAUAGCAAACUCUACUCUGAAAGGCACUGGGUGCUUCAUGUUCAAAGUCGUGAAUACGUCGUUACAUCGUUAUCAUCUAUUUAUCUAUGGAGGCGAAGUUGCGCUAUAUAUACGAAGAUAAAAUACUGGAUCUCUAUGUUAUGUCAAGUACGUGAAUACUCUUCAUGGCAUGGCAAUGGUGUUGUACAAGGCUUGAGAAUUGAUGCAAAGCGAAGGAUGGGCGUGUUGAAAACUGUACGCGACAGUCAAACCCAGGACGAAGAUAUCCGGUUACUGCAUCAAAUAGAUUGAGCACGUCUAGUUUAUACUAGAUUUUGCCCCACGAACCUGGUCCUCAUCUCCGCGGGCAAAUGACCGAAUGUAGAAGCGUCUGUUCUCCAGUCGUAGACGUUCCGGUGUAUAUGAUAGUGAUGGACUCCGAAUCGGAGACGUAAGUGGAUGGAGACAAUU